CUUAUCCACACUCUUCUUCUUCUGGCUUUCUAAUCCUCUGUUUUUUCCUUUAUGUAAAGCACCCGUUGUACCACUAGCUUUCCACUAACCUCUCUUCUCAAAAAAUUUCCACUACUCCUUCAUCACUCUCUCGUUCACACUCUCCCAACUCAGGCAGCAAUGUCGAAGGAAGUGAGCGAGGAGCCGCAAGCCCACCACCAUGGCAAGGACUACGUCGACCCACCGCCAGCACCAUUGUUGGACUUCGCCGAGAUCAAGCUCUGGUCUUUCUACAGAGCUCUCAUAGCCGAGUUCAUCGCCACCCUCCUCUUCCUCUACGUCACCGUCGCCACCGUGAUUGGGCACAAGAAGCAGACCGACCCGUGUGGCGGAGUUGGGCUUUUGGGCAUCGCGUGGGCUUUCGGCGGCAUGAUCUUCAUCCUUGUCUACUGCACCGCCGGCAUCUCUGGUGGGCAUAUCAACCCAGCAGUGACAUUUGGGCUGUUCCUGGCGAGGAAAGUGUCCUUGAUUCGAGCUGUGUCUUACAUGGUGGCUCAGUGCUUGGGCGCAAUCUGCGGUGUUGGGCUGGUCAAGGCUUUCAUGAAGCAUCCUUACAACAGUCUCGGCGGUGGUGCGAACUCCAUCGCCCCUGGCUACAGCACUGGCACGGCUUUGGGGGCUGAGAUUAUUGGGACGUUUGUGCUUGUCUACACCGUCUUCUCCGCCACUGACCCUAAAAGAAGCGCCCGUGACUCUCACAUCCCUGUGUUGGCUCCUCUGCCUAUUGGGUUUGCAGUGUUCAUGGUUCACUUGGCGACCAUUCCUAUUACUGGAACUGGAAUCAACCCGGCUAGGAGCUUUGGCGCGGCUGUGAUCUUCAACAACGACAAGAUCUGGGAUGACCAUGUAAGUCUAUUGUCUAGCUAGCUUCCUUAAAAUUUCUACUCUGUUUUUGGGGUUUAGGGUUUGCUUACUGUGAUUUUGAUUUUUUUGUGGGGACAGUGGGUGUUCUGGGUCGGACCAUUUGUUGGAGCACUAGCAGCAGCAGCAUACCACCAGUAUAUUUUGAGGGCGGCGGCCAUUAAAGCUUUGGGAUCUUUCCGCAGCAACCCUACCAACUAGAAGGAAGCAACAACCCCCAGCCAAGCAGAGCUCCAUGAACAGAACUUCCCUCUCCUUUGUUAAUUAUGUUUGAAUUCCCCCCAUUUGUUUUGUCGUUGGUGUGUAUGUGAGAUAGUAAUUUUCCAUGGCCGAUGGUGAAUGAAGAUGAUUAUGUUAAUUAUUGAUGGUUUGAUGGAUGGAUGGAUGUAAUGAAAUGGGUUUGGAUGGAUGGACGAUCUUCUUUUGAAACUCUAUCUCACCACUUCUCUCUACACAUCAUAAUCUGGUUGGGCAUUUGAUUUCACCUUGGCUUUUGAAGAAAAUGACUAUUAACUUCGAGCAUGAAAUCCCUUAAACUGGAUCCAACGAACUCCCCGAGUAGAGUGGUAACUGUGG